GGGGCGACACGAGUCACGUGUCACGUUCAGCCACUGUGCUUGACCUUGUUUAUGAAACAGGAAAUAUUUAGUAUUUAUUUACCGCCUUACGCCUCCACGCCCGCACGCCGCAGCUUCUCCCCAGUGGCUGAUUGUCCCACUUUGACAUCCAGCAGUCGGAGGAGGAAGGAGGAAUGCAGCGUCCUGCGUGACGGGACCGCCGGUUUGCUCGAGUUUCACGGACGUUUGCAGCCAUGAAAGCUGAGGACGACACGGCACACAUGGCCUUCCUGUUCCUGUCAGCUGGAUCCGUGUUGAACCGGCUGAGGAAGUAAACCUGAGCAGGUGGUGUUCAGCCGGUUCUGCAGCCCGUGUGACAUUAAGGAGCUGUUCUGCACCGCCCUUGGUGUGCCGAGGAACACCAAUCUGUCCCUGCUGGACUCGUCCGGGGCCAUGGUGUCCAUCGACCCCACCAUGCCACACAACACAGAGAGGUCACCGUACCGAGUGGUCCCGAUGACAGGAGGACAGCUGGCCGAUAAAGAGGAACUCUUUCAGAAUGUGCUGACGCAAGUCGCAGAGCAGUUUUCAAGGGCGUUCAAGAUCAACGAGCUGAAGACCGAGGUCACCAACCGUCUCGCCAUGUUGGAGAAGAGAGUCGAGCUGGAGGGGAUGAAGGUGGUGGAGAUCGAGAAAUGUCGCAACGACAUCAAGAAGCUCCGCGAGGAGAUGGCAUCGAGAAACAACAGUAAUUUCCUGGAAGACAAUAAGAAGUUGACUCCUCGUAGAGACGUGCCCUCCUACCCAAAGUACCAUCUGUCUAAGGAGACAGUAGAAGCUCUUAGAUUGCCUACAUUCGAUGCUUGGCAGUGGGAGCCCAAUGAGAUGCUGAGCUGUCUGGAGCACAUGUACCAUGACCUGGGUCUGGUCAAAGACUUCAACAUCAACCCCAUCACACUCAAGAGAUGGCUGCUUUGCAUUCACGACAACUACAAGAACAACCCCUUCCACAACUUCCGCCACUGUUUCUGUGUCACCCAGAUGAUGUACAGCAUGAUCUGCCUCUGCAGCCUGCAGGAGAAGUUCACUCAGGUCGACAUUUUGAUUCUCAUGACAGCUGCUGUGUGCCACGAUCUUGAUCACCCCGGAUUCAACAACACGUACCAGAUCAACGCCAGAACCGAGCUGGCGGUUCGCUACAACGACAUCUCGCCGUUGGAGAACCACCACUGUGCCGUGGCCUUCCAGAUCUUCUCUCAGCCCGACUGCAACAUCUUCUCCAACUUUGACCCCGAGGCCUUCAAACAGAUUCGACAGGGAACCAUCACGCUGAUCCUGGCCACAGACAUGGCGCGACACGGGGAGAUCCUGGACUCCUUCAAGCAGAAAGUCGACAACUUUGACUACACGGAUGAGGAACAUGUCACCUGUCUCAAGAUGGUGCUGAUCAAGUGCUGCGACAUCUCCAACGAGGUGCGGCCCAUGGAGGUGGCCGAGCCCUGGGUUGACUGCCUGCUCGAGGAGUACUUCAUGCAGAGCGACAGGGAGAAGGCCGAGGGGCUUCCCGUGGCUCCCUUCAUGGACAGAGAAAAGGUCACCAAGCCGACGGCUCAGAUCGGCUUCAUCAAGUUCGUCCUCAUCCCCAUGUUUGAGACCGUGAUGAAGCUGUUCCCACAGAUCGAGGAGGCGAUGGUGCAGCCACUCAGAGAGUCAAGAGACCGAUACGAAGAACUCAAACAGAUUGAUGACGCCAUGAACGAGGUGCAGAAAAAGAAAAGUGAGAACUUGACGAUGGGAGGGAAGAAGAAGUAAAAGGUUUUGAAAAGUUUCAGCAGCUGUGAGCGUAGAACACGAGGGCGAAGCUGUCAGACAUGUUGGUCUGCGACGGGCUGAAGGUCUUUUCCAUCACUCUGUCACGUGUUGGAGAGCAGAGGAGCAGCAGGAUGCUGCGAGAUCAGGAUUUUAGUCUGUCAGAGGAGCAAAUGAGUGGCUUUGAGACGCCGUUAUGAACUACCGACGGACUCGAGGACCGGACCGACAACCCAAAGCCCUUUUCAGGAACCGUUUGUACAGCACAGACCACUACAGUCAACGAUAUUUAGAUACGUAUCUCGUUUUUUAUUUGUGUUGUUUUUUACAGAUUGUACAGAUUUUUAGUGACCUUUGUUCUUUCCUAUAAAAAAUAAAAGAAUUACUUCAAUGACA